UCCAACGAUGUCUUCACCUAUUUGUUUGCUUCUCAAUCCUCGUGACUUCGUCAGCACAGAACGCCGCAAAGACGCACCUUCAUUCUCUUGAACAAGCAUAUUCCUUCCUUCCCUUUGUGGCGAGCAACUCCUUGCUGCCGUGAUCCACCAUGGCUCCUGCUUCAACGACACCAAACUUCUCCAGACCCUUCAAUUCUCCUUUGUCAACAGGUGCGCUUGACACUCCAGUGAGAUCUUCAAGACGUCGUAAUGCUCUGGCGGAUCUACCACACUCAGCAUCUCAGGUCAACAUGCCACUACGUCGACAAGCAAAAGGUCCUUCCCCGGCCAAGAAACCAUUUGAUAUAGCAAGCCACAGUGUUGUGGAAGACAAACGGCCAGAACGUCAAACACGAGACAUCCAAAAUGAAGGCGGCGUCCCUAGCGUUCCUGGAGGACGGCACAAUAGAAAGUUGUCGGAAGUCAGUCAGAAAAGCACUACUUCUGACUCUGCUGUCACCACGGUCUUGAGCGCUGAACUAGGUGACAUCGGCCACCCUAUCAAGAACUUCCGUCCUCAUCUUUGGCGUCACCUUGAUGUCAACCGGGAAACGCUGAACAUUGACGUGUUUUGGCCAAUCAAGCUAGAAGAUAUUGAUGACGAGGAAGAGGAGGACGAAAAUGGCGACCUCAAAGGCGUCUUUCCAAUCAAAGAGCUUCAACCCCUCAAGUCCUUUCACAAUCUCCAUUACCUUCAGCUCAACGGCAUGAUGCGCUCUUACCAAUCCGUCAUCUGGGCGACAUGCUGGGCGAACAAGAACCUCACAAAAAUCCACCUAGAAAUGGCGCUCGAGCCUCUCAUCUGCGAGGAUAUCAUGCACAAGUACCGCAAGAUCGACACCAAUUGGACUUUUGAUCGUCUAUCUGAUUCCGGCCCCGAAAUCGAGUACAUGGGUUCACACGGAUCUGGCACUUUGCACGAAGAGUUUGGAGACGGCGAGUACCUUGACCAACAAGUCAUGAAAACCAGCCAGCUUGACGUUCUCCACCAGGUGCCUGUUGAGAACCUCCGAUACCUCCCAAUCACUCACUUGACGUUGAUGAAUUUCGUUGUGGAUGGCGGUCCAUUCUACCGGUGGUUCGACCCAGCGAAGUUCAAGGAGAUUACAUUCAAGGGGGACUGCAUCGAUACCGGAUUCUCGCUGCCUGAUGACAUGAUGACAACGGUUAGAGUCAAUUCGCCAAAGGCUGUUGCUCCGGCUCGCUGGGUCCGUCCAGGUGAGGUCAAGGUCGUUGAGAUCAAGAAGAAGAAACCCAUCGGCGACAAUGCUGAAGGAAGCGGCACUGCUGAAGAGAAGGUCACCAGCGGCAAGGCUGAAGAAAGUGGCAAGGCUGAAGGCGGUGGCAAUGGAGGUGGUCUGAAGAGCAAACUGAGCCAGAUCAUGCCAAAAUGGGGUUCCAAGGGCAAGGAGGAAACUGCUCAAUUGGAGAAGAACAUGUCCAAGAUGGGCUUCUAGAGUCUACCAGCAACCAGUAUGAACGAUGACCGAGCCGCGCUCCAGGCACACAAG